AUGCCCGAUUUUACCACUACAAUCAAAAGAGUUGUAGCGAUUCCUAUUGAAAUUCUAUGUAAUGGUUUGGAAGGAGAUCAUAAUGAGUUGAAUGUGCGUCUUUCUGCCAUAACAUCAAUUGAAGAGGAGGAAGAAGAUUUUAGUAAUCAAGAUAAGCAGUAUGGAGAAUCCAGUAUUAAGAACAAUGAGAAGAUACCUAACUACAUCUCUAAAGUGAUUAUGAUCACAAAUGGGAUGAAAUCGCGUGGAGAAACAUUCUCUGAAGAUAGUAUCAUUGAGAAGGUACUUAGAUAUCUUACUCCUCGGUUUGAUUACAUUAUUGUAGCAAUUGAACAUUCUAAGGAUCUGAGCAUCAUGAGAAUAGAAGAGCUGCAAAUCAGUCUAGAGGUGCAAGAGUUGCAUCUGACUAAAAGAACCUCUGAGAGAGAGCCAAACAAGGAAAGGGAGUCAGAAGAAGAAAACAUAGCUAGAGGAGAUUAUGAUGAUGAACCUGUGUUAUUAAUGGCUUAUAAAUCUGAUGAUGAUGAACCUGUGCGAUUGACGUUUUCUGAUUUUGAAGGAGACUCUGAAUAUGAGUCAGAGUCAGAAGAUGACUCUGAAUCUGAAGAAGAUGAAGAAGACUCUGAAGGCAAGUCUGAUUCUGAAGGUGAAUCUGAUUCUGAUCCAGAUUCUGAUGAUGAUCCAGAAUCUGGAGGUAAUCAAAUCUUUGAAGGUGGAGCCUUUGAAGGUGGUCCAACUUCUGAGGGUGGUCAAGCAUCCGAUAAUGUUCUAGAAUCAGAAGGGGAUUCUAAACAAGUUUAG